GACGUUUUUAGAGCCAGAUGUGUGUUGUGCAAUGUGAUCCCUCAUCUCUCCUCAGCACAAAACUCCAAGGUCCAACUUUAAAGUUAGAGAUCUGUUCGUCCCGACAGCAGACAGUCCUUUCUGACCCGGUCAGCAGAUUAGUGACUAACGAUCACAGAUAAAGAUGGGAGACUGGGGAUUCCUGUCCUCCCUGCUGGAGAAGGUCCAGGAGCACUCCACGGUCAUUGGGAAGAUCUGGAUGAGCGUCCUCUUCCUGUUCAGGAUCAUGGUUCUGGGCGCCGGUGCCGAGAGCGUCUGGGGCGACGAGCAGUCGGGUUUCCUCUGCAACACUCAGCAACCUGGUUGUGAGAACGUCUGCUACGAUUGGACCUUCCCCAUCUCGCACAUUCGCUUCUGGGUCCUCCAGAUCAUCUUCGUUUCCACGCCGACGCUGGUCUACUUCGGCCACGCCGCGCACGUCAUCACCAGGGAGAAAAAGAUGAGGGAGCGGAUGGCGAGCCCCGGUGGCACCAUGAAGAUCAAACAGCCCAAAUACACCGACGAAAAGGGAAAGGUGACGAUCAAGGGGGACCUUCUGGGGAGCUACCUGACCCAGCUGGUGUUCAAGAUCCUCAUCGAGGCCGCUUUCAUCGUGGGCCAGUACUACCUGUACGGCUUCGUCAUGGUGCCCAUGUUCCCCUGCUCCAAGAAGCCCUGUCCCUUCACCGUGGAGUGCUACAUGUCCCGACCCACAGAGAAGACCAUCUUCAUCAUCUUCAUGCUGGUGGUGGCCUGCGUCUCCCUGUUCCUCAACAUCAUCGAGGUCUUCUACCUCAUCUGCUCCAGGUGUAAGUCUCGCAAGACUCGCAGUCACAAGAUCACUUCGGCAGAAAACCCCGCCGGCCUGUCAGGUCCAAAGUGGCCGAAUUCAGAGGAAGCACUCAAGCAGAACAAGAUGAACAUGGAGAUGGAGAGGAGCAAGAGUAUCGGUGGAAGCCUGGACGGAGCCAAGGAGGAGAAACUGCUUCUGAGUGGUCAUUAAAACACACUUUUAAUGUGUUAAAAUGCCACUGUUUCAGAUUUCUCCCCCCAAAUAUAAGAGACUGAAGUAAAAAGCUCGGUAACGCUUUAUAAUAAGGUCCUUAAUAACCAUUAAUUAACAAGUAAUAAGGCAUUGUUCUCGCUUUAGAUCCGGUAGUUGCAAAAAGCAUAGUUAACUUAUAGUUAACUUAUAAUAGAUGAGCAAUAAAGUAUAUUUUAAUAUCAAUAAGCAAACAAAAUAAGAUUAAUAAAGGCAUGACAAAGACAUAAUGGGUGGGUCAUGGGUGUUAGUAAUGCCAUUAUUAACACUUAUAUAAGCUUAUAAACACUCAAUAAUGUUAAUAAGCAUCUUGUAAGGACUUACAAGGGCCUUAUUACUUGUUAAUUAAUGGUUAUUACAAGGACCUUAAUAUAAAGCGUUACCCACACUUUUAAUGUGUUGAAAUGCUACUGUUUCAUAUUUCUCCCCCCACAUAUAAGAGACUAAAGGAAAAAAGUUCUUACAAUCUGUUGUAAAUCAUUACAGGCCAUCAAGAAGAAGCUUUGUCAUUGUGCACGAGUCAUUUUCUUGGUGAAAAAAGUCUGUCAAAGUUUUUUUUUUAGGGACACGUUGCUGGAAUUUUACAUUUAUUUUGUAUUAUUGACCUGGAAAUGUAAUAAUGGAAAGUGUGCAAUAUUGAGAAUGUAUUUAUGUUCUUCGAUACCCACUUGUUAAUCUAUUAGUAAGCAGAGUUCUGCCUGUACCCAGUUUUUGAAUGUGUCCAAUAAGUUAUUGCCAUCUAAAACAAAUCAUUUACUUACUGUAUGAUCAUGAUUAAUGUGGUGAAAAGUUUGUUUUUAAUGUAUUUUGUGUUUUUGUGUGUAUUUCUUUAUAUUUAAUAAAUGAUUACGGUUGGAUAAAAAUAAUGUUUCA